GCCCCCAUGGAUCCCUCCGCAACCAUAUACACGAAGCUCAUGCUCCGCCUGUACGACCUCAUCGUCCUCGUCCUCUCCAACGCGCUCGCCUGGCGCUGCUCCACGCGCGGCACCCUCCUCCCCUUCUACCAGCAGCACAUUGGCGAGAGCGCGCACCUCGAGAUCGGCGUCGGCACGGGGUACUACCCCGCCGCGGCCCCCGCGCGCCUCGCGAAGCUCAAGACCCUCACGUUCCUCGACCUCAACCCGAACACGCUCGCGCACGCGCAGCGCCGUCUCGCGAGCGGCGGGUUCCGGGGACCGGAGGUCGCCGCGGUAGAGCAGAGCGUGUUUGACCCGUUCCCCGGGGGGAUGGGUGGGACGUACGACUCCGUCGCGCUGUUCUACCUGUUCCAUUGCUUGCCGGGGGCGUUUCCGAAGAAGGGGGCGGACGUGUUCGCGCGCGUCGCGCCGGUGCUCGCCCCGGGGGGCGUCGUGUUCGGGUCGACGAUCCUCGGGCAGGGGGUGGAGCAUAACUGGCUGGGCGCGCGGCUGAUGAAGUGGCACAACGGCACGGGCGUGUUCUCGAACAGCGAAGAUGGCGAGAAGGGCUUGAGGGAGGCACUGGAGGACGCGUUCGAGGAGCACGAAGUGCGCGUCGUGGGAGUGGUGGCCCUGUUCUCCGCGCGGGGACCUAGGAACCUCCGGCCAUAGGUGCCAAGUGCGUGUACUGCGAUCUUGUAAAAGUCCU